UUAUUUAUUUAUUUAUACGUUUCAAUACUAGUAUAUAUAUUUUUGUAUCAAUUUCCACAUAUUUCCUAACAAUUGUUAGAAAUAAAAAUGGAACCAAGUGAGGAAAUGUGCAAAAGUCUUGCCAAAUGGUUACAAAAAAUUGUUCCUACAAAAACCAGAACCAUACCUGAUAUAUGUGAUGGAGUUGCAAUGUUGGAUGCCCUCCUACAAAUAUCAGUAGAACAUUUCAGUAAACUGGAACCUAAAAUUAAGAGGGACGUUAGUUCGAAUAACUGGCGUAUGAAAAUAAGUAACUUGAAAAAAGUUGUAGAAGCUGUGAUAGAAUAUUACCAAGACGUUCAUAGUUUGCAAAUUUUAGAGAUAGGACGUCCCGAUGUUACCAAAAUCGGUGAAAGCAAUGAUCCUGUUCAACUGGCCAAAUUGUUAAGAUUGAUUUUAGCCUGGCCAAGUAAGGGAUCUGGUCUAUGUAUCAAGCACGAUGUUUCUAAAUAUUUGCAAAAAAAUAUGGAGUUGGAAGAGGAACUUUCUAAAAACAAUACUUGGAAGGCACAAUGUGAUGCUUACAAAAAUCAAAUAGGGGAACUUCAACAGAAAAUUGAUGAGGAAACACAGAGAGCUGAUAAAGCUCAGUUCAAUCUAGAUAAACUUGAUUCCAAACUGGUGACUUUACAGGGAGAAAAAGAGCGUUUGAUUCUUGAAAGGGAUUCCUUGAGAGAAGAAAAUGAAGAACUAAAGCUUGGCCCCAAAGGUGAAAGCGGAGCUGCAGUUUCUCAAGAAUUGACACCAGCUGAUAUGGAGAAGAGGUUGCGUUUUCUGGAGAAAGAAAACCGAACUUUACGAAGUUCCUGUCAGGAAAUGGAAUCAAAGCAAAUUCAAUUGGAUAGCUCCUUAAAUAGGAUCGAAAAAUUACAACAAAAGAACCGAACAUUGAACCAGAAUGUAUUGAAAUUGGAAGCACAGAUCGAAGAAAUGAAGAACCAACAGGGAGAGAAUCAGAACACAUCUAACAGCUCCAAAGUCAAAGAACUUGCCCAGAAGUUGCAAACGCUUCAAGAAGCCCUUACCGCAAAAGAGAAUGAGUUACAAAUUGUACAGGCAAAGUACACAAGAAGUGUGGAAAAGGCUAGAGAAGUGGCUCAGCACCUAGAGCUCAAAACAAAUGGUGACAUAGACUCAUCAUUGAGGCAGCCCAAUAUGAAGGAGAUGGAAGAACGACUUUUGACAUCUGCUUACUAUAAGUUGAGUUUGAAUUGCCACCGUGAAGCAAUUGAUGAGAGAUUGAGUGUCUUGGGGGUUGGACAAGGGCAGUCGUUCUUAGCAAGACAGAGACAACCAACUCCCAGGAAGCAGAUACAAAGGUUCAAGUCCAAAUAAUUUAUUUGUUAUAAUUAUAUAGAAUACUUUUAUGUAUUUGUUUCAAUGUAUAUAGACUUAUACACAGUUCUGUAAAAUAUAAACAUGACCAAUCAGA